AUGCUAAAAUCAUUGAAAUUACCUAGGAGACUUAUAGUGAAAGUCUUACUUCUUUUGGUGGUUACUGUUAUCAUUAUAGGUACAUCAAACCAUGCAUUAGCGAGACCAUCCGUUAAGCAAUAUAAAUCAAGAAUCCAGAGGGCUAUACAACUCAAGUUUAACAACUGGACUAGCAAUUUUCUCACUAAGGACCAUGGGUUGGAAUCUAACCAGGAUUUCUUGAGCAAGUUUGAAGAAAUCAAAGCCGAGAAGUUAGCCGAUGAUCCGGCUAACGAGAUGUGGGACAUAAAUGAAAAGGUGCUCAACAACAUGCCGUUGGAGGUGAAUAUUCCCGGGUACUUUUUGGACUCGAAGGCAGUCAAGCCGGUGAUACAGCCAUUUGAUCCACGGUUUACGUUUGCGGUGUAUCUUCAGUGGAUCAAGGACCAUCCCAAGGAGCCAUUGCCCUUCCAUUGGUCUGAUUGGGUUGAUUUGACCAAAUUGCAUAAGUACAUGUUAGCAGAAAGUGGGAACAAGAUAUCGUGCAAGGAUCUCUUUGAUAUCAGUGGGAACAUCGAGUUGGUACAGAAUACAAACUUGGUUGAUGUUCAAAAGUAUUGUAAGGACAACAAGGACGUUCCAUUAGGAUAUGAAAUCGUUGGAUUCUCGGGUCCUCAAACGGUACCAAAUCACGAAAUCUUGGGUAAGUCGUACUUGUAUUCAGGCGCACCAUCGCCGGUGAAGUUAAUCUUCAUGACUGAGUCACUGGGAUCGUAUGAGAUGGACGUAUUGGACCACGAGGUGAAUGACUUGAAGCACAGUUUAUUGCAUAAUUCGAUGGUCGAGUCAUUGUUCGCGCAACUGGAUGUGAAAACCGUGAAUGUAUUAAAUUCAUACCAAAACUUGGUUUCGAAGGUGUCUCCUGAAAACGGUGAGCAGGUGUUAAGUGACUACGAGAUCAACAUUCCUAAGGAGUCUUUUAAUAUUGAUCCACAAAAUGUCAUUAAGAUGUUGUCUGAACAGGAGAACUUGAACAAGCCUGAAUCAGCCUAUCUUGAUUCGAUCAAAUAUUCAACUAGUGAGAACAACCCCCCUAAAUUUUUCAAGGAAGCAAAGUUGUUAGAAAAACACCCACAAAAGUGGUUGGGAGAGCAUUAUGAUUGGAGGUUCUUCAACGGUAUCAACGUCGGAAAAGAGGAGCAGUUGUUAUCUUUACAUAGAUUGGUUAAGAAUUAUCUCAGUUUCACCAGGCAGCAUGGUAUUGUGACAUGGAUUGCUCACGGCUCGUUGUUAUCGUGGUACUGGAAUGGUAUUGCAUUCCCGUGGGAUACGGAUAUCGAUGUGCAAAUGCCAAUUGCGGAAUUAUAUAACUUAGGAAGACGUUUCAAUCAGUCCUUGGUGAUUGAAAAUUCCGGAGGUGAUAACAAAAAAUUCAAUGGUAUGGGCAAGUAUUUCAUAGACGUGGGAUCAAGUAUCACCCACAGAACUAAAGGGAACGGUAAUAACAAUAUAGAUGCUAGAUUCAUCGAUGUUGAUACAGGGCUCUAUAUUGAUAUAACCGGUUUAGCAAUAACUGGAACCCCAGCUCCAUCAAGAUAUGAUUAUAUAAUAUCUGCAGACAAAUCUAAACAAUCCGUCUUGGAACAAACAAAGAAAGACGGUCAAAUAGACCAACACGUUAAGAAUGAGCAGCUCCAAGCUUAUAAUUGCCGUAACAACCAUUUUAGCACGUUUGACGAAUUGAGUCCUUUGGUUUUGUCGAUUGUCGAAAAUCAAUUGAGCUAUAUUCCAAGUAAUUUCAUCAUGACUUUGGAUUAUGAAUAUGGCGUAAAAGGUUUAACCAAAAUCAACUUCAAGGACUAUUACUACAUGAACAAUCUCCGUAUGUGGGUCAGAACAAGCAAGGUCUUAGAAUACAUGAAGGAUCCAGCCGCAUGGUUGAAAAAAAAUAAAUCGGCAACAGUAUCUAAUAAACCUGCAGCAGGAUCUACAAAAGAAUCUACGAAGGAAGCAUCCGACAAAAAGCUUUCGAAGCGUGAAGUUUCCGAUCUCGAAAAAUUCCAGAUCAACAAGUUGACCGUCGAUAACCACAUUGACUUGUUGCAAAACAAUGAAAUUUUCAAAGAAUUUGUCAAGACAGUUGAGUUCACCAAGGCACACGAGCUCGAAAUGAAGUAUCUCAUGAAGGACGACUACACUAGCGCAAAGGCCCUUAUCGAAGACUACUCGCGUCAGUAUAAUGUGGGUACUGGCUUGAGAAGCGAUUUGUUCAUGAAUAAAUUGUUCAAAGACGGAUGGAACUACGACGAGGAGGUUGAAAAAUUGGUAAAGUUGACUGAAGCCUAUAGAUCUGUAUAA